CGAGUCAUCCCUGAGCAAUUCACCUCCAGGAAAGGCAGUUUGCUUUGGUCUGACCCCCAGGUGGCGCCCUGAGCAUGGCCAGGGGCUCCGCCUUCCGGCCCACAGACGCCUGGCAAGGACACCGGCCGCACUCUGGUCGCCCACGGACGGGCCACUCAGCGCGGCCACUUGAGCGGGCGCCGGAGCGCAGAGCCAGCUUAUAGGGGAGCAGCCAGGCCCCGGAGCAGACGCCGCUGAGGCUCGUGGCUCAGAGCAGCUGCGGCCACGGGCGCUCCGGUCCUCACACUCACCUCCGGGCUCAGAAGAGGAGAGAAGGAUGAGGGCGCCAGCCGCCCUGGGCGUCACGCUGGCCGUGGCCUGCAGCCUCCUGUUCUUCCCCGUCCUGAGGGGCCAGGCCCUCUGGGGGAAGUCCGAGGACUCGCACGCGCUCAGCGUUCUGGAAGAGAGCCGGCGCCUGGAGGACGCGGCCACCCACAGCACGAGGGAGAGAAACCUCAAGAAAAGAGACAUCAUUUCUCCAUCUCGGCUUCUGUCUUCUCCCAAACUCCCUGAACCAACAAGCCGAGCUAUUUCCCGAGCAGCGGAGCUCGUGGAGACGUCCGUGUGGGCGAUGAACAGAAGGGUUUACCUGAGGCCGUCACAGCCUCCAACAGAUGCUCUGUCGGAGGAGCUGCUGAGCACCAUCGCCAACGUGUCAGGGUGCCUGCCCCACAUGCUGCCCCCACAGUGUCCGGACACCUGCCUGGCCGACAAGUACCGGCUCAUCACGGGAGCCUGCAACAACAGAGACCAUCCCCGGUGGGGCGCCUCCAACACGGCCCUGGCCCGGUGGCUGCCGCCCGCCUACGAAGACAGCAUCAGUGAGCCCCGAGGCUGGAACCCCCACUUCUUAUACAACGGGGUUCCCCUGCCCCCGCUCCUGCCCCCGCUGCUGCUGCGCGACGCCUUCUUCAGCCCCUGGAGGGUCCUUAACGAAGGAGGUGUGGACCCCCUGGUGCGGGGCCUCCUGGCCAGGCCGGCCAAGCUGCAGGCACAGGGCCAGCUGGUGAGCGCGGAGCUGACGGAGAGGCUGUCCGUGCUGGCGCCCGCCGGGACCUUCGACCUGGCGUCGCUGAACCUGCAGCGGGGCCGGGACCACGGGCUGCCAGCCUCACCCCUGUUGUCAGUGUCUAUGGGGGAUGCCUAUUUGCAUACAAGUUCUUUGAGCCCUGGUGUCCCGGACGGGAGCCCUGACCAGGGCGGCCCCGGUCUGCUCCCUCCGUGCAGGUUUUGGUGGGAACACGGCGGGGUGUUCACGGAGGCGCAGAGGCGGGAGCUGGGGACGCACUCCCUGUCGCGGGUCAUCUGUGACAACACGGGCCUCUCCCGCCUCCCCGGGGGGCAGGACGCCCCGGCCGGGACCCUCCCUGGAGGAGGACGCUGCCCGUGUGGCUGGGUCCUGACCUCCGUGCUCUGUGCAGACAUUAAUGAGUGUGAAGACGAGCGGAGGCCACCCUGCCAGGCGCCCGCCCGGUGCAGGAACACCCAGGGCGGCUUCCGGUGUGAGUGCUUGGAGCCGUACGUGCUGGGAGACGACGGGCGGACCUGUGUAGACUCCGAGAGGCUCCCGAAGGCGUCCUUGGUGUCCAUUGUGCUGGGCGCCCUGCUGGUCUGCGUCCUGGCAGCCGCCACCUGGACGGUGAUUUGCAGGUGGUAA